AUGAGAGAAAUUAUCCACAUUUCCACCGGUCAGUGUGGUAACCAAAUAGGUGCCGCCUUUUGGGAAACCAUCUGUGGCGAACAUGGUCUUGAUUUUAAUGGUAACUACCAUGGAACUGAAGAUAUACAAAGAGCACGUUUAGGCGUCUAUUUUAAUGAAGCAUCAUCAGGUAAAUGGGUUCCACGUUCUGUUAACGUCGAUUUAGAACCCGGUACGAUUGAUGCUGUCAGAAAUUCAAAUAUUGGAAGUUUGUUCCGUCCUGAUAAUCACAUCUGUGGUCAAAGCUCUGCUGGCAACGUUUGGGCUAAAGGUCACUACACUGAAGGUGCCGAAUUGGUCGAUUCUGUGAUGGAUGUGGUUAGGCGUGAAGCUGAAAGCAGUGAUUCUUUACAAGGUUUCCAAAUUACACAUUCACUGGGUGGUGGUACUGGUUCUGGUAUGGGUACACUAUUAAUUUCCAAAAUCAGAGAAGAAUUUCCAGAUCGUAUGAUGGCAACUUUUUCAGUUAUGCCAUCAAAGACUUCUGAUACAGUUGUAGAACCAUAUAAUGCAACACUUUCAGUUCAUCAGUUGGUGGAGCAUUCUGAUGAAACUUUUUGCAUUGAUAACGAAGCAUUGUACAAAAUUUGCCAAAAUACUUUGAAAUUAUCACAACCUUCUUACACAGAUCUUAACAACUUAGUUUCCGGCGUGAUGUCAGGUGUCACCACAUCUUUAAGAUAUCCAGGUCAAUUAAAUUCCGAUUUGAGAAAAUUGGCUGUCAACUUAGUUCCAUUCCCACGUCUUCAUUUCUUUAUGGUUGGUUAUGCACCUUUAACCGCUGCUGGUUCUCAAUCGUUUAGAUCUUUAACUGUACCAGAAUUGACUCAACAGAUGUUUGAUGCCAAAAAUAUGAUGGCUGCAUCAGAUCCAAGAACAGGCCGUUAUUUAACCGUCGCAGCCUUUUUCCGUGGUAAGGUUUCCGUUAAAGAAGUUGAAGAUGAAAUGCAUAAAGUUCAAACUAGAAAUUCUUCAUAUUUUGUCGAAUGGAUUCCAAAUAACGUUCAAACUGCAGUAUGUUCAGUGGCUCCAGAAGGUCUUGAUAUGGCCGGUACUUUUAUCGGUAAUUCAACCUCAAUUCAAGAGUUAUUUAAAAGAGUGGGUGAUCAAUUUUCAGCAAUGUUUAAAAGAAAGGCAUUUUUGCAUUGGUACACAAGUGAAGGUAUGGAUGAAAUGGAAUUUUCUGAAGCUGAGUCUAACAUGAACGAUCUUGUCAGUGAAUACCAACAGUACCAAGAAGCUACAGUUGAAGAAGAUGGUGACAUUGAUUACGCCGCAGAAGAUCAACCAGUAGCAGAAAAUUUCGAAUAA